CAAUGCCACACUCAUCUCAUCUCAUGGUGUGAUGUGAUAAUGAACGUCGUGCGUAUUUUUCGCUUUUAUUAAAAGAUCGUGAUCGUUGAAGACAAAGUUUAAGUGUAACUAGUUCAGUGCAGUUCUAAGUUUUAAUGUCGUGACAGUGAAAAUGCAGUUCUAUAAGGAGAGGAUUUUAAAUGCCGCACAAUUAAAAAAACUCAGUGAACACAAAUAUUCGUGUACGAGUAGCAGUAUUUUGGAUGCAUGGCUCCAGCCCUGGUGGUGCUGGCUGGUGUCGAAGACUCCGCUAUGGCUUGCGCCGAAUCUCAUUACAAUAUUAGGAUUAAUAGUUAAUAUCGUCACUACACUCAUAUUAAUCUGGUACAGCCCAGACGCGCGCACAGACCCGCCCCGGUGGGCGUGCCUGGUGUGCGCGCUCGGCGUGUUCGUGUACCAGAGCCUGGACGCCAUCGACGGGAAGCAGGCGCGGCGCACGGGCAGCCAGUCGCCGCUGGGCGAGCUGUUCGACCACGGCUGCGACUCCAUCUCCACGGUGUUCAUCGCGAUCGGCGCCUGCACCGCCGUCAACUUGGGAGAGUACCCCACGUGGAUGUUCUUCCAGUGCUUCUGCGCAAUGACGUUGUUCUAUUGCGCGCACUGGCAGGCGUACGUGACGGGCACGCUGCGUAUGGGUCGCAUCGACGUCACGGAGGCGCAGUACUCCAUCAUCGCCAUCCACCUCGUGUCCGCCACGCUCGGCGCCCGCUUCUGGUCCACGCAGGUCCCGUAUACAUCGGUGCCGUACGCGCUGAUAGUCACCACCGCGUGUUUCUUGGCGCAGCUCAAUCUUGUGCUGGGCUUCGGUGCCACCUUCCGCGUGAGGGGCGCGGGGAAAAACGGAUCCACCGUCGCUGGCACGAGCAUCCUGUCGCCCGUGAUCCCGUUCUCGCUGGUGGUGGUGCCGGCCUUCAUCAUCUUCCAGAAGUCGGAGUCGCACGUGUACGAGAACCAUCCCGCGCUCUACAUACUUGCCUUUGGGAUGGUCGCCGCCAAGGUCACUAAUAGAUUGGUGGUGGCGCACAUGACGAAAAGCGAGAUGGACUUAUACGACUGGUCGCUGCUGGGCCCGGCCAUGCUGUUCCUUAACCAGUACUUCAACAACGCCAUACCCGAGUAUUACGUGCUAUGGCUUUGCACGAUAUGGGUGUGCGUGGACCUCGUCCGCUACUGCGGGCAGGUGUGCACGGAGAUCUGCGCGCACCUGCGGAUCGCGCUGUUCCGCAUCCCCUCCCCGCCCCGCGGCCCCGGCCCCGGCCCCGCCGCCCCCCUCGCCCCCGCCGCACCCGCACCCGCCAACGGUACGGCCCGCCGCGGGUCCGCGCUGACGAGUGACAGUGAAAAUUCGGAAUCGGAGGAUUCGGCGCCGCUUUUAAACAACGACUCUAUUAGCUAAAACUCCCUUCAGGCAACAAAAAAAUAUUUGUAUUGAUGUCUCUUUUCGAAUUUAACAAUAGGGUAUUCCACAAUUUUUUUCGAUCGUGAUAUUGGUAGAUUAUAGAUACACAAUAAAUGCUUAUUAUAUUCCAAAAAAGGACGUUUU